ACUCCCUCUUUUGGCCACUAGGAAAAGACUCCAACCAGGAAUGGUGUCCUCGCGCUCGGAGCGUCCCGCAGCACAACUCCACUUGAAUGUCGGUGCCGCGCCGCCAUCCUCGCACUGGCCUGGCCGGGAUGGAGAAGGACGCCGCGGAAGCGGAGCCAGCCCGCCAGCGGAACGGCUUCGUAGGCAUGCUUUAUGGGGAGUUUUCAGACACACUCGACAACAAGGUACGGUACUCCGUGUGCCUGACGGAGAGCGUCCUGACCAUUCAGAGGAUCUCCUCGUCCCCCGGCCGGACUAAGGUGGUCUUCAACUUGACGGACUGCGUGGGCUGCCGGGCGUACAGAGGAGCUGACACCGCGGAUGUAGGCGCCUACUUUACCGCCUAUUUCUACCCCUUCAAACGGCGCUGGAUGAGCGCCGGGGUGGCCCGGCAGCGAGUGGAGCAGUGCUUUCGAGUGGCGCUGGUCCAGGACGCCCGGACCAACCUGUGCGAGGCUGAGAGGUGGGCUUGUGCCAUCAGGAAUGCCUCUGUGCAGCAGGCGCCCCGCAAAGACGGUGUCACAAACUCUGAGGUACAGCGGCCUUGCAGAGUCAUGAUACUGGUGAACCCACUCAGUGGACGUGGCCAGGCUCUCCAGCUCUUCACCGGCCACCUGCAGGGCAUGCUCACUGAAGCUGCCGUCCCAUACACACUUGUCAUCACAGACCACCAGAACCACGCACGGGAGCUGGUGAAGAAGGCGGACCUGUCACAAUGGGAUGCUCUGGUUAUCAUGUCGGGAGAUGGGCUGCUCUUUGAGGUGAUAAAUGGUCUGAUGGACCGUGACGACUGGCAAGAGGCCAUCCAGACCCCUCUGGGGAUUCUCCCGGGUGGCUCUGGCAACGCCCUGGCUGCCUCUGUCCACCACUACUCUCAGUCACCCCCUGCGUGGAAUGAAGAACUGCUUCUGAGUUGUGGUUUCAUGUUGUGCAAGGGUGUGGUCGGUUCCUUGGACUUGGUGUCGAUCCACUUGGCUUCCAAACAGCGCGUCUUCUCCUUCCUGUCCCUGGCCUGGGGCUUCGUGGCCGACGUGGACAUCGAGAGUGAGAAGUACCGCCACGUCGGCGCAAUCCGCUUCCUGAUGGGCACCCUGGUGCGCCUGGCCACUCUCCGAGUGUAUCAGGGGAGGUUGGCGUACCUGCCCGUGAAGGAGAAGUCGGACCUUCCUUCGACGCCUCAGCUCCCCUCGAUGUGCUCCUCCCUCCCCUGCCAGCUCAUCCCAAACUCUUCCCCGACACACAACCUGCAUCGCCAUUGCAACAACGCAAACUCCAACCAAAACACCAUCAGCAACUCCUCCAUUAAUGCUGGAAGAGUCAAAACUCCCUGUGAUGGCAAAACCCGAGCGCCCCUGGACUGUUUGCUACCUGGACUAGACCAACCGGUCCCAGAGAGCUGGACCUCUGUCAAGGCGGAGGACUUCGUCUUGGUGCUGGCAAUUUACCAGUCUCACCUGGCCGAGGACUUGUGGGCAGUCCCCGGUGCCAUGGCGGACGACGGAAUCAUCCACCUCUUUUACGUGACUGCCGGAAUCUCCCGCCCCGCCCUCCUGCGCCUCUUCCUGGCCAUGGAGAAAGGAGCGCAUUUAGCAUGCGGCUGCCCACACCUGGUCUACGAGAAGGUGCAGGCGCUGCGGCUGGAGCCCAUCUCUCGGGAGGGUGUGAUCACAGUGGAUGGAGAGACGGUAGAAUACGGGCCGGUUCAGGCUCAAAUCCACCCCGGACUGGCCAGACUCAUAUAUGGAUGAAGGCAGAUUAUGUUAAUCCUCCGUCUGGAGAGCUUUCAAGUUUGGCCUUUUCACUCAGUGUUGAUCUCUUUAUGCUGUGUUUUCAUAUGGGCCAAAGACAUUUAAUCAGCCUCUGAGAAUUCCUCUAUUUUUCUACUGAAAGAAGUUGUCCUCUUUUUUUAAACCCCCCAUACCCGUCCCUGCUCCCACCUUUUGGAUUCAGGGUCUAAACCAUGGAUUAUUGUCCUUCACUGCUGGCUGGUCCCAGCGUAACUGCUUGAGAGACUGUGUACACCAUAGUGAGAUCCUCAUACGUUUGUGCAAAUUUACUAUAAUGUCUAUAAUGCGCGACCGUACAUGAGGAGCUUUGGCACAUUGUUGCCAUGUCAGACGGGUGCAUUGUGCACUCUGCUGUCAGACCUCAUCAGCGCCGCACACAUGAAGACAAGCACACUUUACCAUCCGCGAAGAUUCUCCGGGGAAUAACUGAAGCCUCCGACAGAGCAGGAAGACAUCCAUAGGAAUAAUUUGACUCAUCUUGGUGUAUCUUAUGGAAAGAAACUUGGACAAAAGUAGACCUAAACAUACAGUGAGCGUCACAUUGUCUUUACUCUGACCUCGCUCUUCUGCCGUCUUCAUUAGACUGGAGGGACUGAACCAGCGUUUCCCAACCUUUUUUGAGCCUAGCCACAUAUUUUACAUGAGAAAAACCUCCCAGCACCCCAUCAAAUAAAAAUGGCACCAAAGUGGGUAUGCAGGUAUGUGUAAAUUUAUGUACUGUACCUUAUGCCAUCUAUUUGGAACAGUACAGGAAGUCCUCGAUUUACGAACGAGUUCCGUUCCUACGCUAGCGAUGUAACACGAAUUUGCGCGUAAGUCGGAUUUCACCGUUAAAGUCAAAAUUUACGGCGAAAUACUUCUGUUACGGCUAUUGUCCCACGUGAUUGUGACAGCAAGCUCAGUGUGUGUGGGCGUGUGUGUCGAUGUGUGAGUGAGACGGGACUGCGAAGGAGGAAGGAGUAUGCGUCGGUGCGAGUGUGUACAGUAGCAACUGUAGUGACGUCGACUGGGGAAGAGUAGCGAUUAGUGUGAGGACCCGUUGACGUUGAAUGUGCAGAGGAGCUAAUAAAGCCUUUAAAGCAGCAAAUCGGUGCUUCGUGCCUUUAUUGUUGCCGCCACCCACCUCAGCUGUGCAACGAGAGAAGGGAGUUAACCCCUGCGUCUCCCGACCACGGUCAGAUGGCCAUAGCAGGAAAGGUUAACACUUUGUAUAAAGAAACUAAAAUACAUUAAAAUAAAAAAAUAAGAUGCUUUGCUUACCAUUACUGCUGAGAGUGUGAAGCAAUAUGCACUAGCUAAGCAGAAACACUAUGGUGCUGGGACAAAAUGGCCGACGAGGCACGGGCGUCGUGAAGUCGAAAUGUUGUAGGUCGAGUGCGUCGUAACUCGAGGACUUCCUGUAUUUUAUUUUAUUCUAACUGUCACUAUACAUCGCUGGAAUAGAUAGAUAAACAAAGACACAUUAUUGUAAAAAAAAUAAUUUCGGACCAUUUGAGUGAAAUUGUGCACAGUGGGCGACUGGUUAGCUCAUGUGCCUCACAGUUCUGAGGACCCGGGUUCUAAUCCAGCCUCACCUGUGUGGAGUUUGCAUGUUCUCCGCGUGCCUGCGUGGGUUUUCUCCAGGUAUGCCGGUUUCCUCCGACAUCUCCAAAACAUGCAUGGAAGGUUAAUUGAAGACUCUAAAUUGCCCGUAGGUGUGAAUGUGAGUGCGAAUGGUUGUUUGUUCAUACUGUAUGUGCCCUCCGAUUGGUUGACGACCAGUUCAGUGUGUACCCCGCCUCUUGCGCAAAAAUAACUGGGAUAGGCUCCAGCAUGCCUGCGACCCUAGUGAGGAUAAGCGGUACAGAAAAUGAAUGAAUGAAAUAAUGAAUUAAGUGAAAUUGGAUAAUAUACUGCAGCACAUCUGAUGAUCUCUCAUGGCACACUAAUGUGGCGCAGCACAGUGGUUGGGACUCACUUGACUAAACACAAAAACUCCAAUCACCCACUCUCCCAUCACUUCAUAGGCUCAGAUGAACACACACACACAGACACACACAGACACACACACACACACACACACACACACAUACAGACAUACAUACACAAAAAUGUACACAGAAUGGACAAAAGUACAGUAUUGGCAUACGGGCAGUGGUUCAGUCAAGCAUUUGGGACCCACAUGAAGAAAAACAUCACUUUCCUAUUUCCAGGGGCCCUUUAAAUUGUCAUCACUUUUGCCCCUCCUUACAGCACCUCUGUAUUUGGGGCCAUUACUCUCCUGCAGGAAAUACAAAUUUAAGAUUUUUUCUUAAUCUUUUCCCCUUUUACCUGCUAUAUUAGCUUCCGCUCUUCUGGGAUGCUAUCUUGAAGAAAAUAUGGUUAGUGAUGUUGAAGAGAAGGCCUGGCCCGCAAUUUUGUUUAUAGGUCAUUUGAUGGAAUUGCAGUCAGGGCUUUCCAUACAAAAGAGCCUCUGUCAAACAGUUACCAUAAAGUUGUAAGCACAGAAUUGUCCAAAAUGUGUUGAUAAAAUGAAUAAUUAAUGUUUUUGGAUUAGGCAACAUGGUGAACGACAGGUUAGCACAUCUGGCUCACAGUUCUGAAGACCCAGGUUCAAAUCCGGCCUUGCCUGUGUGGAGUUUGCAUGUUCUCCCCAUGCCUGCGUGGGUUUUCUCCGGGUACUCCGGUUUCCUCCCACAUCCCAAAAAUAUGCGUGGUAGGUUGAUUGAAAGACUCUAAAUUGCCCGUAGGUGUGAAUUUGAGUUCGAAUGGCUGUUUGUUUCCAUGUGCCCUGCGAUUGGCUAGCGACCAGUUCAGGGUGUACCCCACCUCUCGCCAAAAGAUAGCUGCGAUAGGCUCCAGCACGCCCGCGACCCUCGUGAGGAUAAGCGGUACAGAAAGUGGAUGGAUGGGUGUUUAGAUUAAAUAAUCCGUUGAUUAAGAGGUGUGUGUCAAUGCUUUUGUCUCUAUAAUGUGGUCUCUUGUAUGGUAAACUGCCACACAUAUUAUAUCGUCUGCUCUUAAAUUUUUAUAUUGUACUUGCCCUCCUUAUCUUGUUCAAUAAGUAAUCACCUAAUGUGUCCUUACUAGUCAGCUUUUCAUCUGCAAAAAAAGACUUUUUUUUUUCUUUGAAAAGUAACCUUUGGGGCAAUGGAGCAGCACAGGGUUUCACGUAGGGUCUGCUGUGUUCCAUUUAGAGAGGCAUGCAAUCAGUAUGGGCUGGAGGGAGAUGAGCACUGUGGUGUUUUGGCCGCAGUUGUUUAGCCUUGGGGCGUAGGAGACCGUAAAUGUUAACAUAAUCAUCAUUGCACUCAUCUACACACACACACAUGCACGAAUCAUGUGUAUGAAUGGGCCGCUGACCACUCUACGCACAGGUAUUCGGCAGCUGAAUAUCAUCAUGCAGCGAUACGUCUUGGCUGACCUUUUAGCCAAAUUGUUGCAUGAUGGGUUUUUGGUCUAAGUGAGAGUUUUUAUGGUGGAUGUUUUUUUUUGUUUGGUUGUUUUUUUUUGCUAAAUGUGAGGUUUUUUUGGCAUGUGUGAGGGUUUUUUGGGUGCAUAUAACUUGUUUUAAUGUUUAUUUAAAUCUUUUUAAAUAUUAUUUUUGGCCUAUACAGCACCUCAUAUUAAUCCAGUGAAAUAAUUGCACACCUUUUUGUUUCCUGGCGCUUUCACUUGAAAUGUACAUGUAUAUUGCAGCAUAGCUGAAGUAGACUUCACCUAAAGGCAUCGUCACUGCAGUGUCCUUUUCUUCUUUUUUUAAUUAUUAUUAUUAUUUUUAUAUUUUAUUUUUAAAAAGGUAAAGGGUAUGUAUGGAUGACAAGCUAUGCAAAUGCACUGUCAUGGUUACACACGUGAGGACCGAGGGUUCCCCCUACUGGAUGAUUUACAGUAACUUGUGCUCUCUGAGCGUUUUGAAUAAUAUAAUACACUCCCCUCACACUGCCACGACAUUCACGUCUUUUUACUUAAAUCAUGAGAGGAUUUAGCACAGUUGUAUUAGAAUUUGAUCCCCAAAAAAGCCAACAAGAAUUUUAUUGUAUUGUAAUUUACUGCCAGAUAUAUUUACAAGAGCCUAGAAGCAUGGAAAAUAUAAACUAAUACUCUUGGUAGGAUGUCGUUGCACUACUUGUGGUACUCUAUGAUAAAUUAUUCCACUCGCUGCUGUAAUGUAGCAUCAGUCUGAACACAAUUAGAAUGACUAGGGUCUUUGUCAUGACUUUUUAUACAUAAUUUAGGAGACGUCUAACUGAGUUAUGUGCAGAAAUUAGGUCAAAACUUACUGGUGCAGUGAGGGUUGUUGCUAGAUUUUAAGGCUAUAAAAAAUAUAAUGUAUAUCUUUUGUGACUAUAUGAUGCUGUAAAAUGAACACAAUGCUGGACUUGAGAUCUCAUCUGUGAGAAACCUAGUUAUAAGCCUGAAAUUAUAUCAUUUACAAAUGCAGUAGGAAAGUAAUUAAUAAAAAAAAAAUGUGUUGGUAAAUGAAUAUUAAAUGCAGUAAAUCUGUAUGCUGUUGUUCAUUAAUGUUUUAUGUUGGUUAAAACAAUAAAUUUUGUAAGACCUGGAAA